AUGGGAGAUGGUAAGGUUAAUUCGAUUCUCCGUCUGCAGUCAUUGUCUUCUCCAAGUCUGGCAAGCUCUUCGAGUUCUCAAGUACUAGGUGGUAAUUCAAUGCUUCAAGAGAAACACUUACAGCUUCAGGGUAAGCGUUUGAGUAUUCUGAGCUUGAAAGAGCUGCAACACCUUGAGAAGCAGCUAGAUGUCGCAUUAAUAUAUGUGAGAGAGCGAAAGGAACUAAUGUUGACUAAACAGCUUGAAGAAUCACGCCUGAAGCUUCUAUGGUCACUUCAUGAACAGCGAGCAGAGCUAGAAAACGAAACCUUACAUAGACAGGUACAAGAACUGAGGAGUUUUCUCCCGUCGAUCAACCAACACUAUGCUCCAUCCUACAUCAGAUGCUUCGCUAUAGAUUCCAAGACCUCACUUUUAAACAACACUUGUUUGGGAGACAUUAACUGCAGCCUCCAGAACACCAACUCAGACACAACUUUGCAACUAGGGUAUGUACUCUUUUAA